AUGCUUUGGACACCGCAGCAGCAGUGGAGCUACCCGGGUGUUUUGCUCCUGGGAUCUAUAGCAGUUGCAUUGUCUGCGCUUGCGGCCGCCUUGUGUCUGGCCAUUUGGCGGAAGGGCUUGCUGGCUCUAGUGAGCAGCGAGGUGCCAGGCGUUCUCCGGCGCCCGCUGUUCGAUGUCCUUCAGGACAUCACCAGGGCCGCGAAGCAGCGGAUAAUCAACAUCACCCGCUUUUCCAUGCUUCUCUUCUUCACUUUGGACGAGGAAGAGCAGAAGAGCAUCCGUAGCGGCCUUGGGCCGGAGCUCCAAGAUAUGCUCUUCAGACGGCCGCUUGCGCAGCUCCUGCCAAGCGCAGUGCGGCGAUUUCUCUUCGGACCGCAGGAUGCUGAGUCGGCCGCUGCCGGCCUUCAACGGCAGCUGACGCCGCGAGACACGCCGCGAGAUGCACCUCCCAGGCUGGGUGCUCGAAAUCGAGCCGACACUCAGCCCGUGCGGCCCAGUGUCGGGGCAAGGGACAACCUGAAGGGCGCAGAGCUAGAGGCAGUGCUGGCAGAAUGGACCGUUGGGGCUGUCGGUGCGUAUGUGAAGCUCCUCGGCAUUGGCACUUGCCGACAGCUGCAGAACGUCCUUCGAAGAUGGAGGAUGGCUCCAGAGACCGCGGCUCCGAAGUGGAGCCUCCAAGCGCUGAACGCGGCUCCCACGCUGCUGGGAGGCACCCUGAUCAGCUUGGGCUGCGGAACCGUGGGCAUGGCUGGUGGAGGCUUUGUUGGUGCCAUUUGUGGUCUCGUUCCUGCUCUACUGACCUUCGGUCUCUCCAUUCCCAUUGGAGCCAUGAUCGGAGGUCUGGUCGGAUGGUUCUGUGGACUCGUGAGCGGCAUCCUGCUCACGGUGUCAGUGCACGGCAAGACAGGAGGUUUUGGCGCGGCACAUUCCAGACAAAUUCUGGCUGCAAAGUGUUGCGUUGACUAG